AUGUUUCAAUUACUUUCUGUGAUAGCUACUCUGUUUACACUAGCCUCAACUGCCAUAUCGACCGGCCUACUAGUACCACUAUACGCCUGGCCCGGAACAGACAAAUGGAAUACACUCUACGACUCAAUUGCAGCCCAUCCAUCAAUCCCAUUCUACUUGAUCAUCAACCCGUCCACGGGUCCUGGUGACACAGAAUACCCAGAAGACGUCUUCAUAACCGCCAUCGCCAAGCUAAACAGCUAUCCCAACACGAAAAUACUAGGAUACACCUACACAAACCAAGGAACGCGAGACAGCUCCGAAGUCGAAAAGGACAUCGCUAUCUACGCUAAAUGGGCCAGCUAUGCAGGGCAGAAUAUCACUCUCUCCGGGACCUUCUUCGACGAGGCAGCGAACGGCGAAGAUCCGAGCAAGCUCGCCUAUUUCGAGAACCUCUCUCGGAAAUCUAAGAGCGGUAACUUGACCACCGUUAUCUUCAACCCUGGUGUCAAGCUCGUGGCAGAUGUUGCCAAGUGGUUCGCGGCAGCGGACUUCAUUGUGGAGUAUGAGAAUACUUAUGCUAGUUGGGUGGCUUCGGCUCCUGAUGAUCGCUUCUCGACGCCUGAUAACUAUGGAAGGGAUGCUGUUAUCUUGAAUCAGACGCCCGAAGAUGCCAAUAUUGAUAAUGUUGUUCGGUUGGCGAAGGAUAUGGGCCUCGGUGCUAUAUAUCUGGCUUCGGAUGAUAAUUAUAUGAAUCUCACCACUGUGACUAAGGUUGCAGGUGCUGUCGCACAAAAUCAGAUUGUUAGGCGCAGGGGGUACCGUCGGUUUCAGAGCUGA